UACAAGUGGCGACGAUUGCAGUUGAAUGUGCGAUAUAUAAUAAAAGGAGUUAGUACUAAUUCACUGCAUAAUAGCUUAUCAUUUAGAAUGGGUACUAGUGCGUCCAGCAAUAUCCAGUAUGGAGAAGAUAUUGACAGUAUUAUCCAGACACUUAAUUAUACAAUAGUGUGUGGAAUUGAGAUUAAGAAUUCUACAAAAUAUACUCUACAUUCACCUAAAACAAUAGUCCAGUGGGGAUUUCUGUUAUCCCCACCACCUACAGCUAUCAAACCUGGUGGCAAAGGACAUUUUAUUGGUCAUAAACACAGCGCCGGUGUAACAGGAACUACAGGUGUUGUAUCCUAUUUGAUUGGCGAUUCUGAUUUACGAAUGGUUAUUAUGUGGUCGGCACCAUAUAAUUUCGAUUUUUUUGACAACCGUUUAGCAGUUGGCUUUAUAAAAUUUAAUGAUGAUCGGGAUAUUUACAACCGCAUGUAUUAUAAAAAUGAUGAUAAAUUUGACAGAGACAAUUAUUGUAGAAGUUGCAACAUCAUAACAAGUAACAGAGAUGGCUUCAUUAUUCAGGGAAUCAUGGGAACUUCUCACAAAUCAAAGGUGGAAGUUGAAUUAUCUGAAAGAAGUCAAAUGGAUCGAAGUCGUGCUAGGUUUUAAAUAAACAACAUUACUUGUAACUAUAGGUUUUCUUAUUUUAAUCUUUUCAAUAAUCGUAUUACUAGUACCUGAUUUGGAAAAAAUACAUUUUUUUAUAGAGAUUUGAUAAAUGGCCUAUCUACUUAUAAACAUAAUUGGUUUAGUCAUUACCAUGCAUUGGCAAGUUUAUGGACGAUUAAGCAGGAUUUCGAAUUUACAAUUAAUCAUAGCAUUUCUCUGUCAACUAAUCUUAUGUUAGACAAGGACUAAUCUAAAUAAAGUUAUUGAUCACUAGAACUGGAUUUGCUUUAAAUGAAUUAAUUAAAACACAUUGUUCUAUG